AUGCGCAACUCCCACCAAGACCUGACAUUUCGCCCACGUCCAUCUCAGCAGGACCUGGGACUUUUGAAAGGAGCUUCUAAGGAAAGACCCGCAGAGACCAACGCCAAUGUGGACAACUCGGCGUCCCCCUCAGUGGCCCAGCUGGCCGGGCGGUUCAGGGAGCAGGCGGCAGCAGCAGCAAAGGAGGUGCCAGCCAGUAAGCCUGCCAGGAGGAAACCGCCCUGCUCCCUCCCCCUGUUCCCCCCCAAGGUAGAGCUGGGCCAGAACGGAGAGGAGAAAUCACCACCCAACACCAGCCACCUUCCCAAGGUGAAGGUGAAGAGCUCGCCUCUGAUCGAGAAGCUUCAGGCCAACCUAGCCUUCGACCCCGCCGCCCUGCUGCCUGGGGCCUCACCCAAGAGCCCUGGACUCAAGGCUGCGGUGUCACCAUUUCACAGCCCACCUUCCACGCCCAGCAGCCCCGGCGUGCGGUCUCGGGCCAGCGAGCCAGAGGAGGUGCCCAUCAGCUUCGACCAGCCUCCGGAGGGCAGCCACCUGCCCUGUUACAACAAGGUGCGCACCAGGGGCUCCAUAAAGAGGCGCCCCCCUUCGAGGCGGUUCCGCAAGUCGCAGUCGGAGUUCGGGGAGCUGGGCGAUUUCCGGGCGCCGGAGCCGGCCCAGGAGAACGGGGCCCAGGAGGACGCCGGGGACCAGGCGUUCCCGCCCCAGAGCCCGGCCCCCGGCUCCCCUCCGCCCGGCGAGGAGGCGGGAAAAGACGGGAGCCGGACCCCGGGGUCCCCCGAGAGGCCCCCUCUGAGGAGGACGCCCAGCAGGACGGACCCGCAGGAGGGGGGAGAUGCUCUGGGCAGCUUGGGCCACCUGGAGCCCGCCCACCGCCUCUCGGUCUCCACGGGCGCUCCCUGA